AUGGAGGGGCCACGUUACCAGUGGCGACACUUCUUCAGACUGAAUGUCGUUGGCGAGCCGCCGCGCGGGAGCGGUGACCACGUUCAUUGGUCGGCGGAGCGGGACGGGACGUUCAUUGGUCGGCGGGCGGGAGCGGGGCGGGACGUUUCAUUGGUCGACGGGACGGGACGUUCAUUGGUCGGCGGAGCGGGGCGGGGCGGGGCGGGACGUUCAUUGGUCGGCGGGAGCGGGGGCGGGGCGGGACGUUCAUUGGUCGACGGGAGCGGGACGGGGGACGUUCAUUGGUCGGCGGCGGGGCGGGGACGGGACGUUCAUUGGUCGGCGGGGGCGGGGCGGGACGUUGAUUGGUCGGCUGGGCGGGGCGGGGCGGGGGACGUUUCAUUGGUCGGCGGGACGGGGCGGGACGGGACGUUCAUUGGUCGGCGGAGCGGAACGGGGCGGGACGGGACGUUCAUUGGUCGGCGGGGCGGGGCGGGACGUUCAUUGGUCGGCGGCGGGGACGGGGCGGGGCGGGACGUUCAUUGGUCGGCGGAGCGGGACGGGCGGGACGGGACGUUCAUUGGGACGUUCAUUGGUCGGCGGGACGGGGCGGGGCGGGACGGGACGUUCAUUGGUCGGCGGGACGGGGCGGGACUGGACGGGACGUUCAUUGGUCGGCGGGACGGGGCGGGGCGGGGCGGGACGGGACGUUCAUUGGUCGGCGGGAGCGGGACGCGACGUUCAUUGGUCGGCGGAGACGGGACGGGACGGGGCGGGACGUUCAUUGGUCGGCGGAGCGGGACGGGACUGGGCGUUCAUUGGUCGGCGUUUACAUUGGGAUUACAGACGUUCAUUGGUCGGCGGGGCGGGACGGGACGUUCAUUGGUCGGCGGGGCCGGGCGGGGACGUUCAUUGGUCGGCGGGGCGGGGCGGGCGGGACGUUGA